AUGGUGGUCAACAAGAAUACGUACCUUAUAAAAGACAGCAAAGAGGGGGCCCAGAAGAAAGUGGUUGGUCCAUUUUCUAAGAAAGAUUGGUAUAAUGUGAAAGUACCAGUUAUGGUCAAUAUAAUAGAUAUUGGAAAAACACUUGUCAUGAGAACUCAAGGAACCUAA